AUGGCCGGAGGAUCGAAUGCCGCCCCCGACCUUCGUAGGUACAUGGAAAAGCGCCUGGACGUGCAUCUGAAUGGCUCCAGGCACGUCGUGGGAGUGCUGCGCGGCUACGACACCUUCAUGAACAUCGUCCUGGACAACGCGCUGGAAAUCAACGGCGACGAACAGGUCAAGCUGGGCAUGAUCGUCAUUCGGGGGAACUCCAUCAUCUACUGGGAAUGCCUCGACAAGGUCAACACGCGCUAG